AUGAAAAGGGAUAGAAACCAACAUGUAGGUGAAGGGAAAGGAAAGAAGAAAAAAAAUGAUCAUAAUGAUGAGGUCGACGUGGUAGGGCCAGCUGGGGCUGGAAAAGAAGCCGCCGCAGGAGGCGGAAAAGGUGGUACUCAAAAAAGUGGGAAGGACAUCGAAAUGUUUAAUCCGCAACUCAGCGCAAGGGAGUUGAAAAAAAUUCAAUACUACGAAAAUAUGUUUAAGAAAAUGGAACAGAAAAGGGAGGAGCAGCAGAAUGAGGGGGACAACAAGGGGAAGAGGAAAGUUAGCAACUCGAGGAAAAUGAAGGGGGAGACAGAGCCAAGCGUUAAGGGGAAGGAGGAAGAAUCCAGUGGAACUGCACUUGAAGUGACAGGCGAAGCAGUGGUCACGGAGGAAAAAGGAGACGACGCUAAGCAAAAUGGCGUGGAAGAAACCGCACGGGGAAAGAACCAAAAAGGGGGAAAAAAUGCGAAGGAAGCGAAACAGAAAUCGAAGAAUGCGAACCCAAAGGAGGAGCCAACAGAGACAUGUGCAUAUGCAGUCGACACUGAGAAACAAAAUGAACCCCAUUCCAUGGAUGAUAACCAACGCGGCAAGAAUAAUAAAUGGAGGAAAGGAGAAACGUCGCAAGUGAGAAUAAAGAAAGAGGAGUUAAGGGUGGACAAAGGUAUUUGUUCCAAAAUGGGGGAAGGAAGCAAUAAGGCUGCUACGUUGAAAGGAAAGAAGUGUGUAGAAAAUUCGAACCGCUUUGCAAGUGAUAGUGACGGAGGAGGAGAAGAAGAAAAUGACGAGUUGCACAGAUCGGAGAGGGAUCCCCCACGUGGUGACAAAUACAACGAUCAGGGUUUUGCUUCCCCAAAGAAUUACACAUAUAGGAAGAACGGAAUGGCAGAAGGAGGGAAAGGCGAUAGGGAGCACGAAUCGGACAAUGAUGUGAAUUAUGAUAACGAUCCGAAUGAGAGGAUAAACUUUAAAGGGAGGAGGAAAAUCUACCCAGGAAGUGAAAGGGAAAAAAAGGUUUUAAAAAUUAAGAGGAGCUUCUCAGUAAGUUCAAAUAUAAGUGAAUAUUUUUUCGACACAAGUUCGAUACAGUUGGUGAGCGAUAAUGAGGUCAGUGUAUACGGGAAGGAGGAACAAAGUUCAGAAAAGGAUAAUGAGAACGAGCCAACCUUCAGUUACAAGAAGAAAAAACUCCUACAGUUGCUAACGUGUAGAGAUUGUAAAGACGAUGACAGUGUUCACCCCUUGGCUGUAGCGAAUAACGGCAGUAGUAGCAAUAACACCGACGGGGUAAAUUACAACUUGGCCGAUUCGGAAAAAUGGCUAAUAUGGAAAAAUAAAAAAAAUUACAACAUUCGCUUCGCGUCGAACAAUAAUAUUAGGAAGCGAAAGAAGUGGCACAUUGUGCGCAGUUAUCAUCUUUCCAGCAUCGAAACGGAUCAACGUGUUGACUUGCAUCCAAAUGGUGAAGAAAAUUUUGUCGACGAACAAAUGAGUAUGAAUGGUAGAUCAAAUGGUACAUUAAAUGGCACAGAAUAUUUUCCCAAUGGGGAAGAUGUACCCAUAGGGAAGAAAUCAUUUUGUGAAAAAAAAUUCAACGGAAAAACUGCAGAAAAUAGUAGCACAACAAAUAUGAUAAUUAAUGCUAAUGACAAAUUUGAUGUAAAUUGCUGCAUUAAGAAGUAUCUUGAUAAUAUGCGAUACACAAAUUUAAAAAAAUUAAAAAAAGUGAACAAAAGCAAUUUAAAGUUGUAUGUGAAGGGGUGUACAAAUUUUUUAAAUUUUGACAAGGUGGACAGCGCCAUCCUGUCGAUGCGGAAAUUCCAGGAGGCGCUUCAGCGGAAGGGUGGCGUAGGUGGUGAUACAGAGGGAGACGCAGCGCCUUUGUGA